AUGGAAGUAACUCACUCACUCAAUCGCUUCUACUUUCACGUCACUCCCCUUGAUGCACAACUCAACGAAUAUCACAAAGAACCUUCACCGGUUCAACUUUUUAUCAAGUUUGACUACUACGUCAAACACAAAUACUUCAAUGUCUCACAAGAUCAUAGAACCCGAACCCUCAUUCACCGAUCGGAAGAGAGAACUGAAGCGGUGCACCAAUCUGAUUUGUGCCAGUUAGAUCAGAGCCACAUGAACAACGACUCGUAUAAGAACUGUCUUUUUUACAUUCUUUCUGAACUUGGAAUCGACGAAAAUAAUCACAGUGCAAUAGUCAAUGAGAUUACAGACUGGGGUCGCAUAAUUGACAAGUUAGAGUACAACAAGGAUCGAAAAAUACUGAGCUUGUGGGUUUAUAUUGCGAGUGAGCAUAUAACCUUCCGCUGCGAAAGGUGUUUGAUGGAAAGAGAGUCAUUGAUUAAAAAGAAGCUAAAGAGAGUUAGAGUGGUAAAAGAUAAUGAGAUAGAAUGUGAUGAUGAUAAUGCGGGCGACGAUGAGGAGGACUGUGAAGAAAGAAACAGCCGAUGUACAGUUCGCGAGAGUGAGAUUUGCAGUAUUUGUAUGGAAGAGUUUGCAGUGUUAGAUGAUGUCUUUUGCACGCCUUGUUGGCAUAUGUUUCAUGACAAAUGCAUAGUACGAUGGCUGGGAGAGAAGCUCCAUUGCCCUCUUUGCCGCUUCCAGAUGCCUAUUGAACAUAGAGACUGCAGGGGGCAAAACUAG